AUGCCCUACGUCACGGAGGCCGUGUGGCAGAGGCUGCCGCGUGGCAGCUCCAGCCCCGCCUCGCUGAUGAUCACCCCGUGGCUGGACCUGUCCGGCGGCGCCCUUUCCGACCAGAAUGCUGAGUAUUGCUUUGACCGGAUGUGCAGCAUCGUCUCCAAGGUCCGCAACGCGCGAGCCGAGCAGGAGGUGGCUCCCAAGGAGAAGGUCGCCCUGACCAUCUGGUGCGAGGACCUGGAGCUUGCGCGGGCGCUGCAGGAAGAAAAGGCUGUGAUUGCGCAUUUGACCAAGGCCGACGUCGACCAUACAGAGGAGCGCGCGACAUCAAAGGUCGCGGCGAGGGCACGCCGGACGGCGUCGUCCGCAGCGUGGUGGCCGACGGCCUGGAGGUCGACAUGCUUCCCCCAGAGCAGGAGGUCGAUAUCGAAAAGGAGCUGCAGCGCCUGA